AUGGGCCUAGCAGACCCAGAGGAUGCCAAGUUCGUCGCAGAGUGGCUUGGGAAGCUGCUGUUGCUGCGGACAAAUGCGACAGGCCCAACUCAGUCACCGGGUUUGAUCGAGGCAGACAUCAACUUCCUCACAUCUGGCAAGCCGGAUGCUUGGAACCCUGCGGCCGGCGGGUUAAACCUUGCGGAAACCCGAAUCCAAGUCGUCAACUUGCUGGCUAGCGGCGCCUUUACCGACGAAGAGAAGUUUAUCCCCGCCAUUUACGCCGCGGCUAGCUCAGACUACCGCGUAUCCGGCGUUGGGGAUGACAUGCUGAAAAGGAGCUCUGUCUCGCUCGAAGAUCAAAUCCUGGUUCGAAAACUGUUUGAAGCACACUCUCGGUUGCCAGCUCCGUACCGCAUUCGCAUUCUUGGGAUUCUAAGCAAGUCAGAAGCAGCUACCACUUUUACCGCUGAAAUCCUUGCUGCAUUCCGCUUGAACGUCACCCUUCAAACUGAGUCGGGUGACGCCAUGCAAAUCGACGGCCAACCAUCCGCCGUAAAGUCCUCGGGUUUGGAACGCAACAAGCUCCAUCGAGCACUAUUUGAGUUCAUCAACUGGGUGGCGCGCAUCGGUUCCGGCAAAACUGACUACGGCAAGAUCGGCCCACCCCUAGUUGGUCUACUCCGAGACUUUGUCAGGGACCAAGGCUGGCCUAAGCCCGUACGCCAGUCGAUUGACGAGAGCACUCUGCGCUCAAGGGCGUACGAGACCAUCGGUAUCCUUGCCAAAGGGGCGGUCAUGUCAGACAGCGAACGACUCUCUUUGACCGGGUGGCUGUUUCGCUCCCUCUCUGAGGAUCCGACCCCUGACGUUGUCGUCAACAUUGACGGCGCCUUGUCCAGUCUCACAAGUCUGUUCAAGCCCCCACACGGGUUUUCCAUCAACACGCAACUCCAGUCAAUCCUCCUGACGUAUAUGACGCUAAAGGACGACGAUGGAGAUGCCGUCCGGAGCUCCCGUCACGCUGUCACCAAGUGGGCCAACAAUUGUCUGCUCUUCUCUGACGUGUACGCGCGCUGGAUCGAUGUUCUCGCGAUCGCUGGACGACCAGACGAGCGCAGCGACGUGGUCGAGGAGGGCCAGAAGGGGUUAGACCCAUGGACGUAUUACGCCAACGACGACAAGUCGCGGGCUUUGCCCGACUGGAAAGAGAUGGUUCAGAUGUUCUUCAAGGACUCUAUCGUGCCGCUCAACGCUACUUCACUAUGGGGCAACCAAGGAAUGGACGUAGACGAUACAGGCGUCUUUGUCAACUUUUCUGCCCCAUCACUCCUAGCUUUUCCCGUCGCUGUCGAUUAUUGCAAGCGGAUCUUAUUCCUGACAGCGCUCAAGGACUUUCAGGUUGAGCCUGGAUGGGAGCGGCGGCUUGGGACGCUUUUGCAAACCGACUUGUCCAGCCGGCUGACGAUUCGGCAAUACCUGUCCCCGUUCACCCGCCAGGAGCACGCUCUCUCCCGCCUCUUGCGAGCUGCAUUUGAGGGAAUGAUCAUGGAAGACGCGAGGAUCGCUGAGCCGUGUGCCCGAGCGUUUGUCGACAUCGCGUCGCUGUCGCCACGGGCCAUCUUAGCACACCUAGCCCCCCGGUCGAUCGAGCUCCUGCCUUUGAUCAGGUCCAAUAAGAAGGAGCUCCGGGUGUUUGGAUCACGGGCCUUUGGAAUUCUUGCGGCUCAUCCUUCAAACACAGCCGAGGCGGUCGCUAGCUUCAAGGAAUCACUGUCCAGCAUCGCAGGAAACCUCACCACGGCGGUGGGAUCGGAGCUGAAUGCUGUCGAGGGCGCGUUCGUGGCUCUUGGUCAUUUGGUCUCGAGGCGGAUCUACUACGCCGCAGAUGGGGCUGACAGUACAGCUACCAACCUUGGCGAGAUAUUACCAACACUUCAGGCGGUUUCUUCCAAAACAACGUCUACUCAGGAGGCGCUAUUCGAGGCGUACUCCCAACUUUGGACCGCGGGCAUCCAGGCGGUACCGGAAAAUAGCAACGCCGGAGAGAGUCUCCAUUCUGUCUUGUCCAAGGAGUUCAUCGAUCCACUCGUGAUCCAUGCGAAGAAGAGCAACGAGAAGGCCAUCACCGCCCUCGGACGGCUUGCAAUCUCGGCUCCAGUAUCCGGAGCGGCAGACGGCAACGCAACCGAUGACACACUCGGUUUGAUCCUCGAGAAGUUGUACUCCUUGUACGAAAUCAGGCAGGCCGAGGUGCACUUUGCUGUCGGUGAAGCCAUCGCAGCGGCAGUUGCAUGCUGGAACGCCGACGUCGUGCGGCUCACUGUCGAUGUGCAAGCCGAAACAGCUAACUACGAAGUCCCCAAGCGCGGUGCGCGUCUUACCAAAGUCCUGGAGAAGCUCCUAACAGACUGCAAGACCACUAAGCCAUCUUUGCUCAAGGCUUCGGGUAUCUGGUUGUUUUGCGUCAUUCAACACUGCUCUCACUUGGAGGAGAUCCAGUCGAGACUUCGAGAGUGCCAGGUUGCGUUCAUGCGUCUUCUCAGCGCAAGAGACGAGCUUGUCCAGGAGACCGCCUCCCGAGGGCUCGCGUUGGUGUACGAAAAGGGUGACGCGGACCUCAAGGGCGAACUCGUUCGAGAUCUCGUUUCCUCAUUCACGGGUUCCGGGCCACAGCUCAAAGUCGAUCAGGAGACGGAGCUCUUCGACGCUGGCGCCCUCCCCACCGGCGAUGGAAAGUCCGUCACUUCGUACAAGGACAUCGUCAGCCUGGCAAACGAGGUUGGCGAUCCGAGUUUAGUUUACAAGUUCAUGUCGCUCGCGACCAAUGCCGCGACCUGGUCCACUCGAUCCGCCUUUGGGCGCUUCGGGAUCAGCAACAUCCUCUCUGAGUCCGAGAUCGACCCCAAGCUUUACCCAAAGCUCUACCGUUACCGCUUCGACCCUAACCAGAACGUCCAGCGCUCGAUGAACGAUAUUUGGAAGGCAUUGGUGAAAGACCAAAAGACCGUCAUGGAGACACAUUUUGACAGCAUCAUGAAGGAUUUGCUAAAGAGCAUCCUCGGCAAAGAAUGGCGUGUCCGUGAGGCCAGCUGCGCUGCCAUCUCUGACCUGGUGUCUGGCCGGCCUUUCCCCAUGUACGAGCCAUACUACAAGGAUAUCUGGACCGCGGCACUCAAAGUACUUGACGACGUCAAGGCCACGGUGCGUAACGCGGCGCUACAUCUCUGCAUUGCACUCUCCACGACGCUUGUCCGCCAACUCGAGGAAUCCGGCUCUACCUCAACGGCCAAUGCCAUGAUGAACGAAGCUCUCCCAUUCCUACUCUCCGACAAGGGCAUAGAGAGCGGUGCCGAAGAUGUGAAAGUAUUCGCCACCAUCACCGUCAUGAAGAUCGCCAAGAGCGGCGGCGAUGCCCUCAAGCCCUACAUUCCCACCAUGGUCCCGCACCUCCUCGAUCUCUUGAGCACCAUCGAGCCCGAAGCCAUCAACUACCACUACCAACGCGCGGGCGAAGACAACCGCGAGAAGAUCGACAAGCUCCGCAGCGCCAUGGUCUCGCGCAGCCCCAUCGCCGAAGCCAUCGACAACUGCCUCCGCAGCGUCGACGUCUCCGUCAUGAAAGACUUUGCGCCCAAGCUCCAAGACUCCGUCAAAACCGCCCUCGGCAUGCCCACCAAGAUCGGCUGCGCCCGCGUCAUCUCGACCCUCGCCACCCGGCACACCCUCACCUUCGCCCCCCACUCCCCCACCUUCCUCACCCUCCUCGAGAAGCAAACCCUCGACCGCAACGACGAAGUCAGCCAAAACUACGCCCGCGCCGCCGCCUACCUCCUGCGCAUCAUCCCCACCCCGGACGCCAAAACCCGCUUCGCCGACCACCUCGUCACCCUCUACCUCACCUCGACGGACGAAACCCGCCGCCAAAAGGUCGCCGACGCCGUGCUCGCCGUUGCCAAGAUCUCCCCGGACCACUUCGCCGCCCUCGAGACCCAUCUCCUGCCCUUCGCCUUCCUCGCCCGCCACGACACCGACGACUACGUGCGCAAGGCCGCCCGCGACGUCUGGGACGCCCAGGCGGGGAGCACCGCCCUCACCGUCGUGCGCUACCUGCGCGAGGUCGUCGCGCUGGUGGAGGCCUGUCUGGGCACCGCCCAGUGGGCGCUGAAGCAUGCGGGCGCGUUGGCGGUCGCGGCGGCCGUGGAGGGGGUGGUGGGCGCGGGCGAGGCGUCCGGCAGAGCGAAUGUUGAUGCGUUGGCGGCGGCGGCGAGAGCGCUGUGGGAGGCGGAUGCGGGUUUGGCGGCGCAGUUGAAUAAGGUGGUGGUGAGGGAGGCCAAGCGUAAUAAUGAGGUGUACCGGCCGCAUGCGUUUGCGUGUUUGUGGAAGGUUGCUGCGGAGAGGGAGGACCUGGACAUGCUGGGGGAGAUUGUGGGGAUUGUGGAGCCGUAUCUUGCGGUGGAGGAGGAGGAGGAAGAUGGCGAUGCGAUGGAUGUUGACCCGCCUAAGGGUGGGAAGGGGGCGAGGGGGGGGAUGGAUCUCAAGGCCCAGACGGUUUGGGCUGCUACGGAAGCCGUUGUGAAGGGGUACAACCGGAUCGAAAUGAAGAAACGCCCUGUGGCUAUUCUUCGGGAGAUUGUCCUCGCGCUUGAGACCGCAGCUGGUGGUGGCAAGGGGAAGGCCCUCAACGCCCGGUCGCCGUGUGUUGCGAAGCCGGAGUUUGCGGCCGUCCGCCGGGCGUUUUGGUAUGACUGCGUGCGGGAGGUCCUGGAGGAGGCGCUCAACGAGGGUGCUGUCCCUGAUGGUGAGGGUGCUGGGUUGGAAGGUAAACGUGAGCUCCUCACGUGGUUUUUCAACACCCUGGAUAUGGAGACGGAUGAUUCUGGGACUGAAGACCAGCGUCUUGCGAGGGCCAAAGCAGUCAAGGCUACGAUGCAGCUGGGCAAGGGCAUCGGGCUCGAGGCGGAUACGGAGUGGGUGUCGGGGGUGAAGACGGCGGUUGAUACCGCUGUGGGUAGGGAGAGGUCGCUUGAGGUGCAGAAGGCAUGGCGGGAGUGUCUGGUGCUGCUCAAGUAG